AUGAACAUCGCCGAUCUCCUCAUUCUCCUCCUCCCUCUGUACUUCGCCAUCCCAAUUCAAUCCUCAUCAUCACCACCCCAUUUCCUCAAAUCAUUCACACAAAACUCCGGCAAUGAAACCAUUAACGUCGCACCUCAGGAGUACUUUGAAGUCACACGCCCACUUCCCACAGACGCCAUUACUCCGGCAUGCUCUGUCAACGUACUCGAUUACAACUUUGGGUACACCUACGGCAGUCCCCCCGUCACUGUUGACUACAUUCCGCCGCCGGUGACCUGUAAUUGGUCCCUUGCCGUCCUUGAGUUCCGAGCUGAAUGUAAAGGUGAGCAGUACGACCGUAUCGCCGGAGUCUGGAUCGACGGAGUAGAGCUGUUGCGGACGAGUACGGCUCAACCCACCGAAGAUGGAAUCUUCUGGACUGUUCGGAAGGAUGUGACUAGGUAUGCUUCCAUAAUUAGGCAGGACAAUCAUACACUUUCAGUCAUGCUCGAAAACAUUGUGAACGACGAGUUCACCGGUGUUUAUCACGUUAACGUCUCCUUUCUUUUUUACUCUGGUAAAGACGUUAGGGUUCCGUUAUCUGUCGUUUCGGGAGAUUCAGAAACUCAUCGGCUGAAUAGAAAAUUGAUUUCUGUUAAGACUCAUGGAAAUGAGGAUAAAAUUGAGCUUGAUCGAGUAUUGAAUUUGUUAUAUCCAUAUGAUAAGCCAGCCGAUUUGAUUAUCCCGAUAUCUGGGGCUAUUGAUGAAGGUUUUUGGUUUAGAAUUCAAAAUGAAACCGAUGUGCAAAGAAAAAAUGUCCAAAUUUCUCAGAAAACUUACAAAGCAGUGCUUGAAUUGUAUGUUUCGUUUCAUGGAGACGAUGAAUUCUGGUACAUGAAUCCUUCGGAUUCAUAUAUAGAAGCCAAUCAUUUGGCCACCGGAAGAGCUCACGGAGCGUAUCGUGAAGUUCUGGUCACAAUCGACGGGAUAUUGGUCGGAGCAGUGAUUCCUUUUCCGGUGAUAUUCACCGGCGGAAUAAAUCCGUUGUUUUGGGAGCCGGUUGUGUCCAUUGGAGCUUUUGAUCUUCCUUCUUAUGAUAUCGAUUUAACUCCAUUUUUAGGGCUUCUUUCAGAUAACAAAUCUCAUUCAAUCGGACUCCAGGUUGCUGAUGGCAUUUCAUUUUGGCUGGUGGAUGCAAAUUUGCAUCUGUGGUUGGAUCAUUCAAAUGUAAAAGCGGAAACUCUGAAAUAUAAAGUCCCAUCUAUGGAGAUUGAACGUCAGAAUCAGUUUAAACGGCUCGAUGGAGAAUUCGAGUUAGAAGGAGAAAGGGAAAGCGAAGCUAAAGGGUUAGUAACUUCAAGCUUUGGCAAACUGAAAAUCGAAUACACCGAUAAAAUGAAAUUCAAGAGCAAGCUCAAGUUCCAAGAUCAGGGAACAAGGAAACGACUCAAUCAGCGGGUCAACAGGAAUAGCAGAAUAACCAUCACGGAUGAAAAUGGUGAGUUGAUUCAAAGCUUACAAGUAAAAAUCAAAUAUCCUCUGAAUAUCAACAUCAAGACUGGGCCCGGAUCAGAUCCAGAUACUUCUAUAAUGAACACGACGGUGGUGCAAGGGCGAAGCGAGGCGUUUUACGACGUGAAUGAUUCUAGGGUUUUGAAUCACAGUCAAAAUUGUAAUGGUUCGAUGGUGAUAAAAGGUAAUGCUGUUCUAUCGGGUACAGCAGAUAAUCAUCAGAUCUACGAUUACAAGGAUGGGUUUGGUUGCUAUUCUCGAAAUGUUGAUGUCGUCGGUGGUCAUGUCGUCGGCGAUGUUGCAUCGGCGGUUUGUGCCUAAUUCUGUUAGGUUACUUUUCCCACUGCUAUCGUUUCCUAAAUUGCGUUUUUUAUCUAGAAUUAUCUGUAUGUGUGUUGUGUAUAUCGGUUGUUUGUUGUGUGGGCAAUUUGGUCUUGCUGCUUAUUGUUAAUAAGAUUAUGCAAUUGUCUCA